GGGCCUGGGGGCAGCAUGAUGAACUGAAACCUGCUCUGAAACCUCCCCAUCAGGCUGCAGAACCACGUCCUGUGUCGCUCCAGCCUGUCCCAGCCUCCCAUGGUGCAGGACACAGAAAUGGCUGCAGAGGAGCCAGCUCAGGGGCUGGUGCCCUUCGAGGAGGUGGCUGUGUAUUUCACCAGGACCGAGUGGGCUCUACUGGACCCCGCUCAGAGAGCCCUCUACAGAGCCGUCAUGCAGGAGAACUACGAGAACGUGACCUCGCUGGGGUUUGCUGUUUCCAAGCCUGAUGUCAUCUCUCAGCUGGAACGAGGGGAGGAGCCAUGGGUCCCAGAGCUCCAGGGCUCUGAGCACAGAGAGAUCCUGGGUGGUACUGGGAUGGGGUGUGAGAACCAGGAGCUGAAUCCUCAGCCAGAAGAUGCCAAGCAAGUGGAACCACACAGAGGAUUAGCGCAAGGCUCCAGAGGGGAUGUGUCCAGGGGUCAUGUGCAUGGGGCAGCCUUUGAGAUUGAGCACAGGCCAGAGAGGGAACAGGGAAACCAGCCCAGCAAGGAAGUGGGCAAAUCCAUUAGCUGCCAGGGAACUGACCAAGACCUCACGGAAACAGGAGCCCAGCAGAGAAUAGCUAUAGGAAAGAGAAAAAUCACAUGUCCUGAAUGUGGAAAAAACUUCACUAGACACUCAGGCCUCAUAAAACAUGAGAGAAUCCACACUGGAGAGAGACCCUAUGGAUGUGGGGUGUGUGGGAAAACUUUCAGUCACAACUUUCACCUUAUUCAACAUCACAGGAUCCAGUCAGGAGAGAAACCCCAUGAAUGCAGCGAGUGUGGGAAGAACUUCACUCUGAGCCCUACAUUUACUAGGCAUCAAAGGUUCCGUACAGGAGAGAAACCCUAUCUGUGUCAGAAGUGUGGAAAAAUCUUCACUGACAGCUCAGCCCUUACUAAUCAUCAGAGAAUCCACACUGGAGAGCGUCCCUAUGAAUGUAGUGAGUGUGGAAAAAAGUUCACUCGGAGCUCAGGUCUUAUUACACAUCAGAGGAUCCAUACAGGAGAGAGACCCUAUGAAUGCUGUGUGUGUGGGAAAAGCUUCACUCAGAGUUCAGCCCUUAUGAAACAUCAGAGGAUCCACACAGGGGAAAGACCCUAUGGAUGCGGGGAGUGUGGGAAAAGCUUCAGUCAGAGAUUUCACCUUAUUCGACAUCACAGGAUCCAUUCGGGAGAGAGACCUCAUGAAUGCGGUGAGUGCGGGAAAAACUUCACUAUGAGCUCCACCCUUAUUAGACAUCAGAGGAUCCACACAGGCGAGAAACCAUAUCAGUGCCAGGAGUGUGGGAAAAACUUCACUAACAGCUCAGCCCUUAUUAAUCAUCAGAGAAUCCACACUGGAGAGCGUCCCUAUGAAUGUAGUGAGUGUCGGAAAAAGUUCACCCGGAGCUCAGGUCUUAUUAUACAUCAGAGGGUCCACACAGGAGAGAAACCCUAUGAAUGCUGUGAGUGUGGGAAAAGCUUCACUCAGGGCUCAGCUCUUAUAAAACAUCAGAGGAUACAUACAGGGGAGAGACCCUACGAAUGUUGUGAGUGUGGGAAAAGCUUCACUCAGGGCUCAGCUCUUAUAAAACAUCAGAGGAUCCACACAGGGGAAAGACCUUACGAAUGCUGUGAGUGUAGAAAAAGCUUUACUGUCAAGUCAGACCUUAUUGGGCAUCAGAAUAUACACCUGGGAAAGAUACCCCAUCAGUGUUCUGAGUGUGGAAAAUCAUUCACGCAAAGCUCAGCUCUUGCUAUGCAUCACAGGAUCCACACCGGAGCGAAACCCUAUGAAUGCCGUGAAUGCGGGAAAAAAUUCAAUGUCAAGACAGCCCUCAAUACGCAUGAGAGGAUCCACACGGGAGAGCGCCCCUACGAGUGCUGUGAGUGCGGGAAGCAGUUCAGUCAGAAAUCAACCCUUCUUUCACAUCAGGCAAGCCACACAGGAGAGAGACCCUAUCAAUGCUGUGAGUGCAGGAAAGGUUUCAGUGUGAGCUCCGCCCUGAUUGUACAUCAGAGAAUUCACACAGGAGAGAGACCUUAUAGAUGCUCUGUGUGUGGGAAAAGUUUCAUCCGAAGCUCACACCUUAAAAGACAUCAGAGGAUCCACACAAGAGAGCAACCCUAUAAGUGCUCUGAGUGCGGGAAGAGCUUCACUCGGAGUUCAACCCUUCUUAGACAUCAGAGGAUCCACACGGGAGAGCUACCCUACGAAUGCUGUGAGUGCGGGAAACAGUUCACGUGGAGAACAGGACUCAUUAAUCAUAAGAGAAUCCACACAGGAGAGCGACCCUAUGAAUGCAGUGAGUGUGGGAAAAAGUUCAUUCAGAAAUCCAAGCUUAUUGCACAUCAGACACGCCACACAGGAGAGAGACUCUAUGAAUGCACUGAGUGCGGGAAAAAGUUUGCUCAGAAUUCAGGCCUUAUUAAGCAUCAGAAAAUCCACACAGGAGAGCGACCUUAUGCAUGCUCCGAGUGCGGGAAAUCAUUCCCUGAGAGUUCAGCUCUUCUUAAGCAUCAGAGGAUCCACACACAAGAGCACCCCUAUGAAUGCGGUGAGUGCAGAAAACAGUUCAGUGAGAAAUCAAGCCUUAUCAAACAUCAGAGAAGCCACAGGGGAGAGAGACCCUACAAGUGCUGUGAGUGUGGGAAAAGCUUCCCUCGGAGCUCAACCCUUAUUAGACAUGAGCGGAUCCAUACCGGAGAGAGACCAUAUGAAUGCUCUGAGUGUGGGAAAAGUUUUGCUUUCAAAUAUGAUCUUAGUAAACAUCAGAGGAUGCAUACAGGGGAGCGCCCCUAUGAAUGCUGUGAAUGCAGGAAAGAACAUCAGACAGGCCACACAAAGGAGAGACCCUAUGAGUGUUGUGAGUGUGGGAAAAGCUUCACUCAGAGCUCCGGCCUUAUUAAACAUCAGAGGAUCCACACAGGAGAGAGACCCUAUACGUGCUCUGAGUGUGGAAAAUCAUUCCCUCAUAGCUCAGACCUUGUUAAACAUCAGAGGAUCCACACAGGAGAGAGACCCUAUGAGUGCCGUGAGUGCAGGAAAAGCUUCACACACAGCUCAUCCCUCAUUAGGCAUCAAAGGAUCCACACAGGAGAGAGACCUUAUGAAUGCUCUGAGUGUGGGAAAACCUUCAGUUUCAAGUCAGACCUUAGUAAUCAUGAGAGGAUCCACACAGGAGAGCGUCCCUAUGAGUGCUGUGAGUGCAGGAAAAGCUUCACUUGCAAAUCAGACCUUACUAGACAUCUGAGGAUUCACACAGGAGAGCGACCCUAUGAGUGCUCUGAGUGCGGGAAGCAGUUCACUUGGCGCGGAAGCCUUAUUAAUCAUCAGAGGACCCACAUGCGAGAGCACCCUGUAAAUGUGAGUGCUGGAAAAAUUGCAUCCGGAGCUCAUAGCUUAAUAGACAUCAGAGUUGAAGGAACAGAAGCACAUGGUAAAUAUAUUGUCUAGGGCAGAGAAAAGAUUUUUUUAAGACAUUUAUUAAUUCCCACAUAGCAAUCUUUUAGGGCUGUUUACAACAUUUGUUUGCAACUCUCUUCUCUCAGCUCCACCUGCUUUUCCUUUUGCAGCUCACCCUUCUCUGAGGUGAAUCCAGUCUUCUUUGCUCCCAACUCCUUUGUCCUACAAGUCAUGUGAGUGUGUUACCUUCUAGCCAGAAGUUUCCAUCUUCCCACAUGGGGGAGAUAGGGGUGACCUCAGGUAUCUCCACUGAAGUUACAUCUACACAGCAGGGGUGCGUGUAGACUGGCAAGAUUUUGCGCAAUUGCUUUUGCGCAAAAACUUGCCAG